ACAAUUGUGUUUGAGCCAUGGCUUCCAAGUCGGCUGCAACAAUGCUGUUGUUCCUCAAUCUGGGGCUUUACAUCAUUGUAACAAUAGUAGCUGCAUGGGCAGUGAAUCAUGCAAUUGAAAGAACUCAUGAAACAGCAUCUGUUUUAUCAAUCCCAGCUCGUAUAUUCCCCAUAUUCUUUCCGAUGGGAAACAUGGCCACCGGUUUCUUCGUCAUUUUCUCCCUCGUCGCCGGUGUCGUGGGCGUCUCCACCUCGGUUACCGGCCUCACCAACGUCUUUCAAUGGGAUGCUCCUAAUUUAAAUGCAGCAGCUGCUUCAUCCCUCCUCACUUGGGCACUCACUUUGCUAGCCAUGGGAUUGGCAUGCAAAGAGAUCAACAUUGGGUGGACAGAUGCCAAUUUGCGGACUUUGGAAGUGCUGACGAUAAUUGUGAGCGGUACGCAGCUGUUUUGCACGGGUGCUAUCCAUGCUGGGGCUGAGGAUGCUACUCUGAACAGAUCACUGCCAUCUGCUUCUGCUGGAACUGUUUGAAUCAACUGUAUAUCCAGAACUGCUCACAACU